GAGCCACAGACUCCUCCUGCAAACCCCAUCCGGCAAAUCCCAAAGAAGUCCGCUGAAAAAAGAGGGAUCAGAAGUGGGAGGGGCGGCGGAGAAAUGUUUGGCAAUUGGAAGUUGGCGGCAACUUUUAGGCCUUUGGGGCGUCUGCGUUGGCUGAUGGAAGGAAGCUGGCCCGGCUACCUACGAGUUGCAUUGUCAGCUAAGCGAUCUGCAAUAGGUCUACACUGA